AUGGGGAAGCCAGAGAGAAAGAUAGCAGUAAAAGCCAGACUAAGAAUAAACGAAGCCGCACUUGAAAGAGAGAAAAGAAUGCAGCAAGCAAGGCAGGUUCGAGAAGAGAAUAAAGCGAAGAACAUAAAGCGUGUGACUAAGGCAAAGGAGAAAGAAAUAAAAGAAAAGUUAAAAGAAAUAGAGAAGAAGAAGCCACUAAAAAAAGCACUGGCAGUGGCUGAAAUUGAAAGAAAAAAAGAAGAGGCCAAGAAUCUCCCAAAGAGAAAGAGGGGCAGGCCCAGAACAAAGACACCAGAGGGGGUUCCUUUGAAGAAGAAAAAGAAGAAGCAGCCAGGAGAGAAUGGAGAGGUUGUGGAAUUGGACCCAGUCACAGGACUGCCAAUUCCUGGGUCCUCCAAAAGAGCAAAGCAGACUCCAGAAGAGGCUGCAUUGGAAAAGGAGAGAAGAGCCAAAUUAAAGAAAGAAAUGAUGAAGAAAGUAGAAGAGGUUUUGCACGAUCCAGAGAGGAAAGACAAAAUAAGAGAAAGAAUAUGCAGUCUGUCUAUUGAUGGCCGAUCAGAAGAAAUAAAAGAAAUAGCAGAGUGCAUCACAGAGAGCUCUCGCCACACUCUAUACAUCCAUGGAAAGCCAGGAACAGGGAAGACAUACGUAAUGGAGAAGAUCGCGCAGAUUCUUGACGAAGAGGGUGUAGAGGUGUAUUAUAGUAAUCUACUCAUCGACAAGGCAUUUAAGAAAACAGGGCGUGCCAUUUCUGCCACAGUGGUUUUGGUGGUGGACGAGUUUGAGGGGGCCCGAAGAGACAAGCUGUUUGUUCGGCACAAGGAGAAGCUGGAGAGGCUCUUUAGAAAGGAGGAAAGAAAAAAGUUCAGUUUUAAGGUUGUGCUCAUAAGCAACGAAUACAACAGCAAAGGCAUACAGUUCAAACCAUACAAAGAGGAGGCUAUAAAACAUAUUGUAGAGAAGAAAGACAUAUCUAGCGAAUCAAAGGUACAAAAUUUCAUGCGACUGCACAAUGGAGUUGAGAAGGCAGAUCUGCGGGCUAUUAUGACCAAAAGGAUUGAGCCAAUUCCUGCAAACAAUAAUGAAGCACUUGGGCAGUAUCACCAAUUUUUAAAGAAGAAAGUGCAGGAGGGAAACACAAACAUAAAUGAAAUCUACAGUGAAUUCCUUAAGAAAAUGAAGGAACAAGGGGCCUCAGUUCUGCCUAAGGAGAUGGUCAAGGAGAUAAUAGAGGGAUAUAUGGAUGGAACAUUUGUAUAG